CUCAUAACAAAAUCGAAUAUGGAUUAUUUUUGGGAAUACUGUCUAAAUGUGUAGUUUAGUCAAGAUAAUUAGGCAACAUUGAAUGUGACCAUGGAAACGGGUCUAGUUCAUGUGGAAUCGUUUACAAGUCAAUAUACGCAAUCUACAGAAGAGUCGUCUUGGCACAGCGUGGAAAGCGAUGAAACCGACCAGGAUAUCGACUUUAUUGAGAAGCAUCACAUUUUCUACACUCGGCCGCCCUUGAAUGAGGCGUUAAGUGCCAGAUACUUGUACAGCUUUGCCUACAAAACAUUUCGGCUGCGAACUCCGCAUAUGAUCAAUGACAUCAUCCAUUACCUGCAGGAGAACGAGGACAGGAUCAUGGAGCAGUGCGGGAAAUAUGCACGCUACGAUCUGCGACGUGUCAUUUGGAGUCUAGACAUAUUGCGCAACGAGAUUUUGGACAAUCGUGAGUUCAAGCUUUUCUAUGACAAAGAGCCAGAUGCAAAGGAUUGGAAUGUGGAGAUCAAGUGGCUGGUGAAUCGCGAGAAGAGUCGCUGGUUUACAUCCAAUUGGCUCUUUGCCGAAUGCUAUCUCUAUCGACGCAUCUGGGCUGCAUUCCGGCGUGCCGAAACCUUAAGGAACUAUGAUUAUUUUAGUCCCCAAAAAAUAAGCUCUGCUCGGAAUGUAACUUUUCUUAUGAGCACCAUUCUACAGGCGACUCGUGAUCUUCCGCGUAGUCGGGAGAAUUUCCAGCUCAUGUUGAAACUAUCACUGUGGGGUAAUCGUUGUGAUCUGUCGAUCACAACUGAAUCUCCAAGUGAGCAGAUGUUGCAGCUAAUUGGCGAGCUUGACAAGCAUUUGAUCACGGAUCAGUCUGAGGAUGUUUGGAGUCUGUUGGCAGAGGAUUCCCAAGCGUCUGGCUCUCCUCUUAUUGUCGACAUUGUCUUGGAUAAUGCCGGCUACGAACUCUUCACGGAUCUCCUGCUGGCCGAGUACAUUAUCGAAUCGGGUCUGGCCAAAAAGGUGCGUUUUCAUGUUAAGGCCAUUCCUUGGUUCGUCUCGGAUGUCACUGCCCAUGAUUUUCGCUGGAUGCUCAACUUCUUGCGUUGCCACGAAAUGCCGCAAUUGGAGGCCUUUGGGCACAAACUGCAAUGUCUUCUGCAGGAUCAGUCUCUGGAAUUGUACCCCACCUGUGACUUCUGGACUAGACCCAAGGGUUUCAGCUUUAUGAGAGAAAUGUGCCCGUGCUUAUACGUCCAACUUAGCCUAGGUGCUCUCGUCAUAUUCAAGGGAGAUCUCAACUAUCGCAAGCUCCUCGAGGACAUCAACUACAAUUCCACAACGCCAUUUCGUGACUGCCUGGGUGGUUUUAUGCCCACCAGCAUUUGUGCCCUCCGCGUCAUUAAAUCCGACAUCUAUUGUGGCAUGCCCGUCUGUGUCGUCGACUGGCUAAACGAAGAUGAUUCACACUGGAUGGUCAAAGCCGAGAAAGCAGUUAUCCAACUGGCUGUCAAGCCCAGGCCGUAAACAGUGUAUUUAUAAUAAACCAGUAUAAUAUAGAUUGGGAUCAGAGCUGCCAAUAAAGAUUACAAUUUUAUUUUAACUUAA